UUCAGAAAUGGCUGAAGUUUCAUGGAUUUGCAAACGAACAGUAGUGAGCACAAAGCCAGUUGAAGCAGGAAAAUUCUGCCCUCUAUCAGUUCUAGACCGCAUUAUGGAACACAAUCAUGUGCGCGUUGUGCUCUAUUAUCGGUGCCCCAAAGAGAGGAAGGCUGGGGAAUCGAUUAAAAUGCUAAGAGAAUCAUUAGCUGAGUUGCUUUCUGCUUAUCCCAUUAUGACGGGACGGUUACUGAAGACAGCAGAAGGGCAUUGGAUGAUCAAGUGUAAUGAUGCAGGUGUAAGAAUGGUAGAGGCAAGAGCAAAAGGGAGCGUGGACAAAUGGCUGCAGAAUUUUGACAGGGAGAAGGAGCUCAACCUUGCACACUGGGAGCCAAUGUUUCACAAGCUGUAUUUCUGGUCUACCUUUUAUGUUCAGCUAACUGAAUUCGAAGAAGGGGGACUUGCAAUUGGCUUGAGCUGUGGUCACCUACUUUCUGAUCCCAUAUGUGUUACCAUAUUCAUCAAAGCAUGGGCUGACAUGACUUUGAAUGGGAAGAUGGUAACUCCUCCACUAUUUCACAGAUUGCCACGAAGAAGACAAUGCAAUGAGACCACUAACCCCCAACCCUUCCCUGAAUUGAUAAAUUAUUACAAAUCAACUCUAGAAAAACCAGUCCCAGUGGUUCAAGCAAAACAAACAACUAUAAAAAUAGCAUUCAGUGAUGAAAUGGUCAGAAGUUGCAUAGCCAUGAGCCAUGCACCAGGGUCACCUGAUGAGCCAAGCCCAACGCCUUUUCAAGCCCUUGCUGGACUAUUUUGGGUUGGCAUAAGCAAAAUCAAAGGCCUAAAAAAUGGUUUAAUCAGCAUGUCUAUUUGUUUGGACAUGAGAAAAGUUCUAGGCUUGGACAAAGGCUUCUUUGGGAACUGCAUGGUUUAUAAUCAGGUACCUGGAGAUGGUAUAGAAGAAUAUGAACUUUCUAAAGCAGCAAAUGCAAUAAGAGAAGUGGUGGAUACAAUGGAUGCAGAAGGGAUCAUGAACUUGAUUGAGUGGAUGGAAGGAAAAGCAGAUCAAUUUUCUUGCUUGAUGAAUGGUUAUGAUCUCAUUUGUGUUGAUCUAGAGCAUGUGGAUUCAUAUUCAGCCAUUUUUGAAGACAAUUUCAAGCCAAUUCAUGCAUCUUAUUACAUUGAACCAACAGUAGGAGAGGGAAUGAUUUUAGUCCUCCCAUCACCACUGGCUGAGGGUUCAUUUAGUCGCGUAGUUAUGAUCACACUUCCUGAAGAUGAAGCCAUUAACCUUCUUGAAGACAAGUUAAUCCAGCAAUUUUCCCCAACCAUUCUGAUGAUGGCAGAUAAGAAGUACACUACUGCAAACUCUGAUCCUUGAGGGCACAUUGCUUUACCCAAUAAGUGGUUGCCUUUGAGUAGGAACAUUUCUAGAAACAAAGCAUGAUUUUAGCAUUCAAUUGGCAUGGCAUGUAUGUUUUAACAAAUUUGCUGUCAGCAAUCAAAAUCAAGUACCAGAACUAAAUGCAUGAUUGACCAUCUGUACUUAACAAAUAUGUCAUCUCUGGUCACUACAAACACAAAUAGACAAAUAACAUGCAUUACACACAUUACGUUUUACACGAAAAUUUUCACGACCUUAAAUUUUUCUUCUUCUUCGAAAGCAUGUUACAUGCUGGGCUAUGAUUUCAUAGCGCAUCAAGUCAAAGAUAUUGCAGGCUAAAAAAGAUGCACGU